AUUGGAAAGUCGCGACCUUCUGCCUGGACAAGGUUCCACUUGAAAUCCCAUAUACAUUGUAUGCAAGGCAGCCGCGGCGCAGUUGAUCAGACAGCUCAACAGACUUGAACUUCUUCUCGAGUCCAACUUCCUCAACUCCUCACUGUGGCUUCUCAUCGUUGCCUUGCCCUCGUCGCCACGAGUACAGCCCGCAGACUGCUCACCACCGUCACCAUGGCACCCAAGCAGGCCACGUUGGGGUAUGUAAAGUCUUCGCAGACCACCUUAGGCAAGUUCUUCGGCAAGCCGAAUGGUGCGAAGGCCGCCCCUCAGCAAUCCAAGUUGUCGUUCGCAACGAAAGCCGCCAAGAAGCCCAAGGAUGAGCCAGAGGAAGACACAUCUGCCAAUAAAAAGGAUGAAAAGGACUCUCCGAAGCCAAAGAGGGAAGCUGUCAACGAUGGAAAGGAGAAUGCAGAGCCCGCUGAGACCAAGAAGCGCUCUCGCACAGGCCUGUCCCCGAAAGCCAAGCCAACGAAAGAAAUUGUUGACGACGCAAAGGAGAAUACAGAGCUCGUAGAUACCAAGCCAACGAAAGAAAUUGUCGACGAUGCAGAGGAGAAUGCAAAGCCCGUAGAGACCAAGAAGCGUUCCCGCACGGGUGUGUCCUCAAAAGCCAAGCCAAAGCCGACACCUGUGAAAGCUGAACCUAUUGAUAUUGAUGAAGAUGAAGAAGAGGCCCCCGUAUCGAAACGAGCUCGAAGAGUUCGCCGGACAAUUGAAGAGGACGAAGAUGAUGACGAGGUCAUGGCAGACGCCGAGCCGAUCCAACCUAGCAAAGAGGUGAGCGCCAGCAAGAAGGCGGCACCGAAGAAUACAUCGACUGUUUCCAGCGCAAAGACCAAGAAGGAGCCCAAAACAAAGAAAGUCGAGAAAAAAGUUAAAGAAGAAACCGCAUCGGAGUCUGCGUCGGAAGUCGAGGACGUAGAAGACGAAGAAGACGAGAAACCUGAAGUCGCAGCAAAGGUUCGACAAAAGGUCCAGACCAAACUCAAGGCCAAGGCGGAAGACCCCUAUCCAGACUGGGAACAGGGCGCAGAAGUGCCGUAUGCUGCUCUCUGCACGACUUUCUCGCUUAUUGAGAUGACUUCAAAGCGAUUGGAAAUCACCGAGCACUGUUCUCUCUUCCUACGCCAAAUCCUGCGUCUUACUCCCGAUGACCUCCUCCCUACAAUUCUCCUCAUGAUCAACAAGCUUGCACCGGACUAUGCCGGCAUUGAACUAGGCAUUGGCGAGUCUCUCAUAAUGAAGGCUAUUGGGGAGACGACCGGCCGCAGUUUGCAAGUCAUCAAGGGAGACCAGAAGGAGAUUGGCGAUCUGGGCCUCGUCGCCGUGAAGAGCAGAUCCAAGCAAGGUACCAUGUUCAAGCCGAAGGCUCUCACUGUCAGGGGAGUACACAAGGGUUUGAUGGACAUUGCUACCGUGAGUGGUAAUGGCGCACAAGGACGAAAGGUCGAUGGCAUUAAGAAGCUUCUCGCCUCGGCUGACGUCCAUUCUGCUGGCAAGGCGGACAUUAAUAAAGAUAAGGGCGGACCGAGCGAAGCCAAGUUCAUUGUACGUUUCCUCGAGGGCAAACUCCGGCUAGGUCUUGCAGAGAAGACGGUUCUGGUGUCGAUAGCUCAGGCCAUGAUCAUUCACGAGAUAGAGAAGAAGGGCCAAGUCCCUGAUACGACAGACAUGGAGAAGGCUGAAUCUAUGUUGAAGACGGUCUACAGUGAACUUCCCAGCUGGGAUGCCAUCGUUCCUGCUAUGCUCAAGAACGGCAUCAUGAAGCUGAACGAGAGCUGCAAACUCCAGCCUGGCGUACCACUUAAGCCCAUGCUUGCCAAGCCCACCAAGGCUAUUACAGAGGUCCUAGACCGGUUUGAGAACCAGGCUUUCACCUGCGAGUACAAGUACGACGGUGAGAGAGCGCAAAUCCACUAUGUGGCCAAGGACCACGCCAAUAAGUACAUCGAUGGUGUACCCGAUGCGGCCAAGGAGGCAGCGAAGGGCGUUGCAUCAAUCUUCUCGAGAAACUCUGAAGAUCUAUCCAAGAAAUAUCCUGAUAUUCUUUCCAAACUACACACUUGGGUCAAAGACGACACGAAGAGUUUCGUCCUUGAUUGCGAGACGGUGGCCUGGGAUGUGGAAGAGAAGAAGGUGCUGCCCUUCCAACAGCUCAUGACGAGGAAGAAGAAGGAUGUUAAGAUUGAAGACGUCAAGGUCAAGGUCUGCGUCUUUGCCUUCGAUCUGCUCUUCUUCAACGGCGAGGCUAUCGUGAAGAAGUCGCUGCGAGAGCGUCGCGAGUUGCUGCACAAGGCGUUCACUCCUGUUGAGGGUGAGUUCACCUUCGCUACGCAUAUGGACGGCCAAGAGCUCGAGGAGAUCCAGGUUUUCCUCGAUGAAAGUGUCAAGGCAUCCUGCGAAGGUCUCAUGGUCAAGAUGUUGGAUGGGUCUGAGAGUGGAUAUGAGCCCAGCAAACGAAGUCGCAAUUGGCUCAAAAUCAAGAAGGACUAUCUUUCUGGAGUCGGCGAUUCCCUUGAUCUUGUGGUUCUCGGUGCCUACUAUGGCAAGGGCAAGCGUACUUCGGUCUACGGUGCCUUCGUGCUGGCAUGCUAUAAUUCCAAUACCGAGACCUAUGAGACCGUCUGCAACAUUGGCACAGGCUUUUCGGAGCAAGUACUUGAAGAACUUCACACGGUGCUCUCUGAGACUGUUAUUGACCGCCCCAAGCCUUUCUACUCCCAUUCAGCAGGCGGGCAGCACCAGCCAGACGUAUGGUUCGAGCCUCGUUACGUCUGGGAGGUCAAGACGGCCGAUUUAACUCUGAGCCCCCGUUACAAGGCCGGCUGCCAGGAGGGUGUGGAUCCUAGUGGCCAGAAAGGUAUCAGUUUGAGAUUCCCCCGAUUCAUCAAGAUCAGAGAUGACAAGAAGCCUGAUGAGGCAACCAGCAGCCGACAGGUGGCGGAGAUGUACCGCAAGCAGGAGAGCGUGGCCAAGAAUAAGGGGCCAAGCGUUGAUGAUGAUUUCGAGUACUAGGACGGACAUAGGACUGCGCAGAACGGUUGAAGGGCGUCGGGAUGCGUAUAAGAGUGGAUGUGGGCUUACGUCUGCUGGCUGCUAUAGCGUAUGGCUGUAAUUACUUAAUAUAUAAACAUGCACAUAGGCGGCGGCUGUAACAAUGAAACAUCC